AGCGCAGACAUGAAAAGAAGCGAACCAGGUUGGAGUGAGCGGUUGCGGCGGGCGGUUGCAGAGAGAGUGAGUGAGUGAUUGGAACUCUGAAAACGUAAGUGUUGAUGGCAUCGCCGCCACCGUAGUAGCCGCCACAAAGCUCUACUCAAUGACCCUCUCUUUCACUCUCAGACCCUCAACACUCAAACCGCGCUUCCUCUUCCCCUUCUCCUUCUCCUCCUCCUCCUCCUCCUCCCCCUCCCCCUCCGCCACUCACCACGCCCUUCGCCACCACACCCCCUCGGUCGCCGCCCACCCGGAGCUGCUCGUCCGCGUCCUCACCACCGUCCGCCACCGCCCCGCGCUCGCCCUCCGCUUCUUCCGAUGGGCCGAGGCCCAAUCCGGCUUCAAGCGAUCCGAAUUGGCCUACGCCGUCAUCCUCGAGAUUCUGGCCCGCCACGGCCUCAUGCGCUCCGCCUACUGCCUCAUGGAGAGCCUCGUCUCCGUCAAAAUGGACGCCGCCGUCGUCGGCGUUCUCGCUGACGGCCGCGUUUCUUCCUCCGAGGUAUCGGUUAAGCUUCUCGAUUUGUUGCUUUGGAUUUACGCCAAGAAAUCGAUGCGUGAGAAGUGCUUGUUUGUGCUGUACACGAUGGUUAGUAAGGGUUUGUUGCCCGAUGUGAGGAAUUGCAAUAGGGUUCUGAGGUUGCUUAGGGAUAGCAGCAACGUGGCGAGGGAGGUUUAUACUGUUAUGGUGGAGUGUGGCAUAAGGCCCACAACUGUUACUUUUAAUACUGUCUUGGAUUCCUUUUGUAAACAGGGGGAGGUUCACCAAGCAAUGCAGCUUUUGCUUCAGAUGCAGAGCAUGGGUUGUACCCCAAACGACAUCACUUAUAAUGUUUUGGUCAAUGGUUUGUCUCUCCAAGGGGAGUUGGAGCAGGCUAAGGAGUUGAUUCAGGAGAUGCUCAAGUCGGGCCUCAAGGUUUCGGCCUACACGUAUGACCCCUUGAUUCGUGGCUACUGUCAGAAAGGGCUCCUUGAUGAGGCCUCCUCCCUUGGGGAGGAGAUGUUGAGUAGGGGCGCCGUGCCGACCGUGGCGACCUACAAUACCAUUAUUUAUGGCCUUUGCAAGUGGGGGAGAGUGAGUGAUGCUAGGAACUUGUUGGAUGUUAUGGUGGACAAGAAUGUGGUGCCGGAUUUGAUUUCGUAUAACACUCUGAUUUAUGGUUACAGCAGGUUGGGAAACAUGGCGGAGGCUUUUCUCUUGUUUGUUGAGCUGCGGUACAGGAGUCUUGUGCCAAGUGUUGUGACGUAUAACACGCUAAUUGACGGUCUUUGUAGGUUGGGUGACUUGGAUGUUGCUAGGCGGCUAAAGGAUGAGAUGAUCGAACAUGGGCCUAGUCCUGAUGUAUUUACUUUUACCAUUCUUGUUAGAGGAUUUUGCAAUGUGGGGAAUUUGCCAAUGGCUAAGGAGUUAUUUGAUGAGAUGCUGCGGAGAGGAUUGCGGCCAGAUCGUUAUGCGUAUAUAACUCGAAUUGUGGGUGAGCUGAAGCUCGGUGACCCGUCUAAGGCUUUUGGUAUGCAGGAAGAAAUGCUAGCCAAAGGCUUUCCUCCUGAUCUGAUCACGUAUAAUGUCUUCAUUGAUGGGCUCCACAAGUUGGGCAAUUUGAAAGAAGCGAGCGAACUUGUGCAGAAAAUGCUCUACAAUGGACUUGUUCCAGAUCAUGUAACAUAUACUAGCAUCAUCCAUGCUCACUUGGUGGCUGGGGAUCUUAGGAAGGCUAGAGUGGUGUUCUAUGAGAUGUUGAGCAAAGGGAUAUGUCCUUCGGUUGUCACUUACACAGUUUUGAUUCAUUCAUAUGCAAUUAGGGGAAGGUUGGAACUUGCUAUUUUGCACUUCUUCGAGAUGCAUGAGAAGGGUGUGUAUCCUAAUGUGAUCACCUACAAUGCUUUAAUCAACGGGCUUUGCAAGAUGAGAAAGAUGGAACAGGCCUACAAUUUUUUUGCAGAAAUGCAAGCAAAGGGCAUUUCUGCAAAUAAGUAUACUUACACUAUUUUAAUAAAUGAGAACUGUAACUUGGGCCGUUGGCAGGAAGCUUUAAGGUUGUAUAAGGAGAUGCUAGAUAGAGAAAUUCAGCCUGAUUCAUGCACACAUAGUGCACUAUUGAAGCAUCUAAACAAAGACUAUAAAUUGAGGGCAGUUCAGCAUCUUGAGAAUGUUAUUGGAGGCGGUGAAUAAACUUACUAUGUUAGGAUGAAGGAAUGGUUAUUUGUUAUUCUCAUUUUGGCAUUCCCGCAUGGCUAAUGAGUAAAAGAUGUCCCUGCAUUUGAAUGGGUUUUGCCAUUUGAGGUGUAAAUUCUCCGGACAGAAUCAUGUAUAUUUUUUGACACUCUCGGUUCAAGAUGCCUAUGGUGUCCUUGAUGAUUAAGAUGGGUAGACUUCAACUGUUUUAACGUUUUCACACGUUAUAUCAUGCACAAUUUAUCAGUUAAGAUUCAAAUAUCUGUGAUGUUAUACUCCAAGGCUAGAGAGCCUCCAGUUUGCAGGUCUGUGAAAUCAUUCUUUGGAGGUGGGGUCAGUUUCACUUGCAUUUGUUGAAGAUAAUGAAUUGGCACCAGGCAUUGCCAAUUUCACCAUUGGAGAAAGCAAGGUUCAGAGCCGAAGCUCUGAUACCAUAAUAGAGCAGAGAAGGAAAUAUAUUGCUUCUCUUAUUCAUAUUGAAAAAUACAGACAGAUUAAGUCCCAAAGGGGAAACUAAAUCUGCUGCUAUCGGGAAAAAAAAAAAGUCAGAAAGCAAUAAACAGCCUAUUAUCUAAUAUUUAAUCUUGAUUCAGAUUUUAUUUAAAUUUGAUUCUGAAGAGAUUUAUUACAAAAUCUAAUCAGGACUUAAAUUGAGAAAUAAUAGAUAGAAAAAUUAAGGAAAACUUGAAACAUAUAAUCUGCUUCAUAACAAAGCCUUUGUACCUUGAAUAGCAUUUUUCAGAAAUUUUCAGGGUUUUUUUUUGUCACCUUGUUAUGUAAGAUAGUUUAUUUUGAUUUGAAAAAUAAAAUUUGCAAGCAUUUUUGUUGCAGCCAUUAUGUAGUCUAGCCAUCGAUAAAUUAGAAUAUUUUCAUUAAUGGAAACAAAACCUUAGUAUUUAUGUUGUAGCCAUUAUGUAGUCUAGCUUUCUUUUUGUGAACCUUGGUGCAACGGCAGGAUUGCUAUCUUG